AGCGGCGCAGCGACCCCCACCACAGACCUGCCUAUCGAUUCUGCACGUGCCUGCUGCCGCUGACGUCUGACGUCUGACGGAUAAGGUAUGCUGACGCUGACCAAGAGAUCAACGAGGCACCUAGCGGCAGCCGCCGAGCAACACCACCGCGUGACGUCAAAGGUUUUCUGGCAACCGUGCUGUGGCGGCCACUCCCGCAUACCUGCCGCAAGCGAGCUCGGUCGAGCAGGCGCGGCCGAAUUUCCCCUGGGGUUGGUGUGGGCGGGCGUCGCAGUUGCACACACGGCGUUCCAGCCGCAGUAUCCCAUCCGCCGUCGCCAGAGCUGGAGCAAGCAGUUUAUCCAGCGCAAGAGAAAACGUCGCUCGGUGGAGCAGCUGGAAGCACGUGGUGUCUGGCCUCCAGCCGGCACCGCGGCCAGCGGCGGCCGUGACCUCCUGAGGAGGCGGCGCCCGGCUGCCCCAGACCACGUCUGGCGCGGCUGCUGGGCCGCUGGCACGCCGCCCGGCCCGGCCGCCGUCACAGACGCUCCACACCCGCCCUGUUACCUUAUCGCCUGGAGUGCUCGCCAAUCCCACCUCGGGCGCGCCACCUGCUACGGUCUGCUGACGUACCGGCUCUGGCCGGCUUUCCGCUGGCCGAGAGUACCACAUGCGCCACACAAAGGCGCACAGUAA